AGCAGGGAUCUAUAUCCUCUUAAAGGGAGGCACUGAAAAAUUGGAAACAGUGAUGCAAUCUACCUUGCAAUUAAUCAGUUUGCUGUUAUUGUUGUUAAUCAGUAUUUUUAAAUUAAAGGAACACAGCGAGAUAAAAAAAGAGCUUACAGAACUGUCUGGUAGUAUGCUCUUUUCCGAUAUAGAAGACUUCUCUUUUGGCCCAUGGUUUUCCUUUUACUAGAAUUCAUUACCUCUCCUGAAUCUUCAUUGCGAAAGUGGGGACUGAUGAAAGAAGCUGAAGGAGCAUCAAAAGUGAAUCAAAGUCAAGUGUAGGGUGCUGUUCUCCGGACAGAAGCUGCCUCUUCUCUCCUUUCACCUGUGAACCCAGAAGGGGUGAAGACAUCUUAAACCAGAGGAACGAUUCUCUAGUUGUGGAAUUUCAGUCGUCAGCCAGCAGAUGCAGGAGUGUCUAUGAACCAGAUAGAAAUGUGUUACGGAGGAAAGAGCGAGAGAGAAGAAAUCAGGAGACUCAACAGGAUGAUGGAACAUUUAAUUCGAGUUACUCCCUCUUCAGUGAACCCUACAAGACUAACAAGGGGGAUGAACUCUCCAAUCGGAUCCAGAAUACUUUAGGCAAUUACGAUGAAAUGAAAGACUUUUUAACUGAUAGAUCUAAUCAGAGUCAUCUCGUUGGCGUUCCCAAACCUGGGGUUCCUCAGGCUCCCGUGAACAAGAUCGAUGAACAUUUUGUUGCAGAUUCAAGAGCCCAGCCCCAGCCCUCAUCUGUCUGUAGCGCUGCAUCUUCCACACCAGCAGCUGUCCCCGUGCAGCAGAGUAAGAGGGGCACCAUGGGCUGGCAGAAGGCUGGGCACCCGCCAUCUGAUGGCCAACAGAGAGCAAGUAAGCACGGCCACAGGUUGCUUGAUUUGAACAGAUCUGCUAACCCAAAGAACCAUAAUAAAAAACCUAAUCACUGUGUGUCGAGCCCCUCAUCCUCAUCUUCCUCUUCUUCUUCUUCCAACUCAGCACAACAGGGCUCUCUCAGGACCUUGCUUGGAGAUGGUGUGGGCAGACAGCAGCCACGGGCCAAACAAGUGUGCAAUGUAGAGGUGGGUCUUCAGACUCAGGACAGGCCACCUGCUAUGGCAGCCAAGCACAGCAGCAGCGGACACUGUGUUCAGAACUUCCCUCCUUCUCUGGCUUCAAAACCCAGCCUGGUCCAGCAAAAACCGACCGCGUAUGUGCGGCCAAUGGAUGGCCAAGAUCAGGCUCCUGAUGAGUCUCCAAAGCUUAAGUCAUCCACAGAAACCAGCGUGCACUGCACGUCCUACCGGGGAGUCCCGGCCACCAAGCCCGAGUCUACCAGAGCCAAGGCCAACAAGCUUUCCAAGUUCAGCAUCCCCAAACAAGGAGAGGAGAGUAGAUCUGGAGAAACCAACAGCUGUGUUGAAGAAAUAAUUCGGGAGAUGACCUGGCUUCCACCACUUUCUGCUAUUCAAGCACCUGGCAAAGUGGAACCAAGCAAAUUUCCAUUUCCAAAUAAGGACUCUCAGCUUGUUUCCUCUGGACACAGUAAUCCAAAGAAAGGUGACGCUGAGCCAGAGAGUCCAGACAAUGGUACAUCGAAUACAUCUAUGUUAGAAGAUGACCUUAAGCUAAGUAGUGAUGAAGAAGAGAAUGAACAGCAGGCAGCCCAGAGAACUGCUCUCCACGCUCUGUCUGACAGCGCCGGGGCCCCGCAGGCCAACCGCAGAGCCUCCGUGCCGUCCAGCAAGGCCAGCAGCAGCGGGAGCGGAAGCAGCGGGAGCAGCUCCUCCAGCGACUCGGAGAGCAGCUCCGGAUCCGACUCGGAGACGGAGAGCAGCUCGAGCGAGAGUGACGGCGGCAGGCCUGCCCGCUACUCCAGCCCCGAGGCUGAACCAGCGUCCUCCAACAAGUGGCAGCUGGAUAAAUGGCUAAACAAAGUGAAUCCCCACAAGCCUCCCAUUCUGGUCCAAAAUGAAAGCCACGGGCCGGAGAGCAAUCCUUACUACACCCCCGGGAAAGAAGAAGCACAGGACUGUGGGAAGCUUCCCGACGUUUGCCAAAGCAGCCUGAGAGACAAGGACAUCCAGGGCACCUGCAAAGAGGAGCAGAGGCCAAGGACCGCCAGCAAGGCCCCGGGGAGCAAAGCCGCGAAGCAGAAGUCCCCGCCUGCGGCCGUGGCCGUGGCCGUGGCCACGGCUGCCCCGCCGCCUGCGGUGCCCGUUGCGCCCGCCGAGAGCGCACCCGCGCGGAGGCCUGCGGGCAAGAAGACCACCCGGCGCACCGAGAGGACCUCCGCCGGCGACGGCGCCAACUGCCCCCGGCCUGAGGAGCCGGCGGCCGCGGACGUGCCUGGGGCGGGCAUGGUGGCCCCUACCGAGCCCCCAAAACCCAGGCCGUGCGGCAACGGCAGAACAAGCCACCGCAAGGAGCUGCGCUCCUCGGUGACCUGCGAGAAGCGCCGCACGCGGGGGCUCAGCAGGACCGUGCCCAAAUCCAGGGAGUUCAUUGAGACCGAGUCGUCCUCGUCCCCGUCCUCGGACUCGGACCUGGAGUCGGAGCGGGAGGAGGACCCCCUGUCCAAGGCGCAGGCCGCGGCCGCCGCCACCUCCGGCAGCGACCAGAGGCUGAAGGAGGCCGCCAACAGCCUCGGCGGUGCCGGACCCCGCGCGCCCGUGGGCUCCAUCAGCGCCAGGACCACCAGCGACAUCGCCAAGGAGCUGGAGGAGCAGUUCUACACGCUGGUGCCCUUCGGCCGCAACGAACUUCUCUCCCCUCUGAAGGACAGCGACGAGGUCAGGUCCCUCUGGGUCAAAAUUGACCUGACCCUUCUGUCCAGGAUCCCAGAGCACAUGCCGCAGGAGCCGGGGGUCCUGAGCGCACCUGCAGCCAAGGACGCUGAGAGCGCGCCCCCCAGCCAGCCAGCCGACACACCCACCGAAAAGGCGCUGCCAAAAUCCAAGCGGAAACGCAAGCAGUGUGACAACGAAGACGACUACAGAGAGAUCAAGAAGGCCCAGGGAGAGAGAGAGAGCUCUUCACGACUGACCGCCCCAGCCAGUAACACUUUGUCUGCAAACCACUGCAACAUGAACAUCAGCAGCUUGGCAAUACCAAUAAAUAAAAAUGAAAAAAUACUCCGGUCACCCAUCUCACCCCUCUCUGAUGCAUCUAAACACAAAUACUCCAGCGAGGACUUAAAUUCUUCCAGCAGACCCAACAGCAAUGGUUUGUUCACUUCCACCUCCUCCAACAAAAAGCAUAAGGCCGAGAACCAGCUGCAGUCUCAUGCUGGCGACCUCACGAAAGCAGCUCACAACUCUGAAAAUGUUCUCCACAAGUCUCGGCCACAAACAGAGCCCUGGUCUCCAGGCUCCAACAGCCACAAGGACUGCAAGAGGCAGAAAUUGGUCUUCGAUGACAUGCCACGCAGUGCAGAUUAUUUUAUGCAAGAAGCUAAGCGGAUGAAGCAUAAAGCAGAUGCAAUGGUGGAAAAGUUUGGAAAGGCUCUGAACUAUGCUGAAGCAGCCUUGUCAUUCAUUGAGUGUGGAAAUGCCAUGGAGCAAGGUCCGAUGGAGUCCAAAUCUCCCUAUACAAUGUAUUCAGAAACAGUAGAGCUCAUCAGGUAUGCUAUGAGACUAAAAACCCACUCAGGCCCCAAUGCCACACCAGAGGACAAGCAGCUGGCUGCAUUAUGUUACCGGUGCCUGGCUCUCCUGUACUGGCGGAUGUUUCGACUCAAAAGGGACCACGCUGUAAAGUAUUCAAAAGCACUUAUCGACUAUUUCAAGAAUUCAUCUAAAGCUGCCCAAGCCCCAUCUCCAUGGGGUGCCAGUGGAAAGAGCACUGGAACCCCAUCCCCCAUGUCUCCCAACCCCUCCCCCACUAGCUCCGUGGGGUCUCAAGGGAGCCUCUCCAGCGCCAACACCCUGUCCCCUUCAACCAUCGUCAGCAUCCCCCAGCGCAUCCACCAGAUGGCAGCCAAUCACGUCAGCAUCACCAAUAGCAUCCUUCACAGCUACGACUACUGGGAGAUGGCAGACAACCUGGCCAAGGAAAACAGAGAGUUCUUCAAUGACCUGGAUCUGCUCAUGGGGCCUGUCACCCUGCACAGCAGCAUGGAGCACCUGGUCCAGUACUCGCAGCAAGGCCUGCACUGGCUGCGGAACAGCGCCCACCUGCCGUAGAGACCUUGCCUGGAGCUGGACUGGGCUCUCGUCUCCAUGGAUGGCUCAACGUUUCUGGACACUGUGCUACUGAAAUUCCCAGCCACAGCAUUUAUCCAACUGCGGUGAAUAUAGUCUCAGCAUUCAACAGUGGUCUUUUCCCAGGGCAUGUGUGUUUGUAUGUGUGGGUGUCUAAAAACUGCCUGUGUAUGGAUGUAAGGUACACAGCUCUUUAGAACACACUUUCUUUGUCUAAUUUCUAUAAUACCAGGCUAGACAAAGAGAUCAGAAGUUUCUGAUUAGAGAAAAUACACUUACGUGCGUGCGCACGCGCGCACACACACACACACACACACACACACACACAGUUUCUAUUUCAAAGCUAAACCAUGACUUCUUAGAACAUUCAACCAAAAUCUCAUGGGUUAGUUAACCAGGUGCAAUACAGCACACCAAAAGCUUGACUGCCAGUUAAGAUGAACCUAGUUCUUCUACUAUUGAUUACUUUCAGUAUUAAUAUACUAUUCCCCAAUUAUUUUUUGAUUCUGUGUAUCAAUGGGUAAUUGAGUAAUGAAAAUAAGUCAGUUAUUUUUGUGCUGGACGUUUCCUAGUUGCAUGUUACCACACACCUUCCUUUCGUCUAAUCCCCUUCCCUCCCUCCGGUUUUUAUUAUCAGCUAAAUGCGUUACAGCAAAUGCAUCGGCUCCCACAGGCUUCUCUGCCCUGCCCCCAGCGGAGAGUGAAAACAGCUCUGAGAUCUGAUGAAAAGCUGUCCAGCGUCAAUACGGCAACAGCUGUGAUCGGGAGCUCAGAGUUGCAUUCUUCUGCACAGGCCAUGGCCAGCUCACCCAGCGUGUGGGCUUCUCCUUCCUGCCACUGUGACGCGGUGGCUGUAGAGCCUCGUGGCGUUUGUCAGCCCCUGUUUUUCAAUCCUUCUCUUUCUUACAAUUUUCUUGGCCAAAUUAGGACAUCAGCUAGAAUGUCCCUUCCCUGGAAGUCUGUAUCUGUCUGUUACUUAUCAGGCUGAGAACUAUUUGCUGUCCUGGUACUGUCUAAUCCUCUGACUCUUCAUGCAGAAUAUGCAUCUGCAGGCCUUCAGUGCAUUGUGAUCCGGGACUAGGUUUUCAGGCUUUGAUUAGCAGGCAGCUUGCUGCGCAGGGGGAGCCCUUCCUGCCACGAUCGCCAUCCCGCUUUGGGAGCCGCGACCAGAGCAUCAUGCUUACAUCCUGUGCCUCUGGUUUGUUUACGUCUCCCCUUGAUUCUUCACUUGCUUUUUUUUUUUUUAUUAAGUUUACAUUUUAGUUUUUUGACAUCUUGUUUACAGUUUUUGUCUGAAACUUAUUUCUUUUAUAGUCUCUUGUCUAUAUGCCCUAGAUUUAGCCUUGUUGUUAAGUAUGUUUGGGUAUAAAAAUAUUGGUUAAAAAAAAAUCUCCUGAAAAAUCCGAUAUACGUUGCACACUUUAAAAACAAAAAUGAUGCCCUUGAAGCCUCUCACUUGAUAAAAUUGCACCUGGAUGGUCUGAGAAAGACAGGUGAUACAGUAUGUGAAGCGAUCCAUUUUUCAAGGUGAUGGCGGCACAGACCAUUUAUAAGAGGUAUUGAUAGAUGCUUUCAUUGAUGGUCUUAUUGGUCUGGUUGCAAUGUUACUAUUUGUCAUCUGAUCUGUAAGUGGGAAAUAAGAUUGCUGUAAUUCCCUAGCUCUAAGCACUGAUUCAAAACUGCACAAAUGUUUAAACAACUUUGGUGAUUUGAAAUGAAUUUAAAGUGAGCCAUGGAAAGGUUUGUGAAGUUUGCACUUGGCUUUGGCCUUGAAGCAUCUGGAAAUACUAACAGUAUUCCUGUUGUCCAUGUAUCCAGCUGAGGUGCUUCUCACAUCCCUUUCUCUCGUAGUUGGUGGAGUUCUAACUUUAGAAACUUUGAAUUACUUUUUUUGAAGGAUGGAGACUUAGUUCCACAUAAGCUUGCUGCCUUCUGACAGAAUGCUCAUAUUCUCACAUAAGAGGAUGGCCCUCGCCGUCUGUCACAUGUCCCCCCUUACCUGGUCUUGCUUAUCUUGAAAGUCACAGGCUCUGCUGUGGUAUUCACACAGUGGGCUCACCCACACAACCCCUAAAACGUGAAGGUGGCCUCUGGCUGAUGAUGGCAGGCACAUUCUGUCAGCACUUUGGUGGCCCGUGUUUCCCAACAAAACUUGCAACAGGCCAUUUGGGGGAUGACCUGAGCAUGUACCUCCUCUUGCAGUCUUUCAUUUCAUCAACAGAAUAUGCUGGAGCAGCAGUUUUUGUUUGUGUUGAUCUAGGUGAUUUCAGUAAGGAACCAUCUUCAGAUUGCUGCUUGGGAAAGUCAUUUAUAAUUUGUUCCUUUUAUUCAGGUUUGUUCAAAGUAGAAAUAGCCUUCUUGUGUCUUCUCAUUACAAAGCUAAUACAUGCUCACUGUAAAAAUUGAAACAAUACAGAAAUGUAUCAAGUAGAAAGUAUUAAGUCCCAUCGUCCAUACAACCACUGCUCAAAGUUUCAUGUAUGUCCCUCUAGAUUCUCUCAUUUAAACAUAUAAUGUCUAUUAUCACUUUUUCUACUUGAAGACAUAUUAUUUCCUCAGAAGUUCAACACAAGUUCCACUGACCUUAUCCUUCCAUGACCUGAAUGGAUGCUGUCCUUUAUCACAAUGUUAGAAUUAUCUUUGAAAGAGGGCAACCUAAAUAUAUUCCUGAUCAAAAUUUGGGGUUUGUUACUACCAUACACAGAUCAGACUUACAUGCUGAAUUGGGCCUGCAAAGAGAGGUUUGGUGAAAACACGUAUUUCCAGAAUCGUUCAAAUUACAAAUGGAAACUCGGACCCACUAUCUAAAGAGGAAUAUACUGGAAAACUAAUCUGAAGAGUUAGCAGAUUGUGUACUAGAUUGAACACAUGGAAUACAAUGCAAUGAGACUUUCUGCACUAAAACUUACCCUAGUAUAUAAAACAAUGAUGUGUGUAUUAUAUAACAGUGAUGUGUACAUUUCUGACAUCCCAUGCAUAAUAUACAGUUUGUAUAAAUGCAUACAUUUAAAAAUAUAUAUGUACAAUACAGCUAACAUAAACUGUAGUACGCCUGAAGGAUAUUACUAGUGCCUAAUAUCGAGUGUAAGUCACUGCGUGUUCGCAUCACCUUGGAAGUGAAGUAAUUGUUAUAAAAUUAAUCAGUGCAGCCAACAUUAUUUAUGAAUCACAUCUUUGAAACUGUGCAGUAGUAUAUACAUAUAUAUUUUUAAAUAACAUUUUUCACAGUUUUCCAGAGUUACUGUUCAAAUCUGUAUCACCAAAAAAAGAGCAAGAUUUUUUUAAUGAUGUAGACACUCUUCAGACCCAGUAACCUGUGUGUGAUUUCCUGUUUGUAGACACCCAAGAGACUUUAGCAGUCACCAGCCUUAAUGCAUGUACAGGAUAUUAUUGUGACUUAAUUUAUCCGCAGUUUUUAAUCCACGUGAAAUUGGAAUUUAUAAACUGACUUGGAUUAAAUAUGUCUGCCUUUCUAAGGUUGCAAAUGUUACAUUAAAUGAUUUAUGUUGUAAAUGAGGGAAAUCGAGUUGUAUGUAAAAAAAAAAUGUCCUCCAAUUUCUGUGAAUAUUUUUACAAGGAGACUUCAGAAUCAAAAUAUGUUCAAAUAAGUAUUCCAGUCCCCAGUUCAUAAUCUCUUUAGAAGCAACCUUGUUGUUCCAUGAUUUUUUUUAAAUGAGGCUCCCACAGAGCCUGAUAUUUUUCAUGGGGAGAAAAAGUGUGUUUACUACUUGUCCAUCUCAUUUCCUGGCAUAUGCAUGUCGGAGAAACAGCCCAGUGUCCAGGAAACAUUGAACAGGAAGCUUGCAGGGUCUGAACUGAUGCCCGCACUGAUGGAUGUUCAACCAGCAGCACCAGGACAGUUUACUCAACAUUCGUUAAUGGCAUGUUAAUUCCCUGACUUGUGUGUGCUGGAUUUUUCCAACUCAGACCAACAAGGUGGAGUAAUGUUCACAAUAUUUGGUUGAGUAAAAUAAGAGAAUUUUGAACUAACCAAGAUGGAAAUGAUAAGCCAGUGACCAGCCUUGAUACCCUUCCCAUGCAGGAAGGGUUUUUUUUUUAACCUCACUGUUACUUUUCUCUCCCACCUUUUUCAUCCCCCUGCCCUCAAAUUAACCUAAACAAAGAAGCAGAAACAGCACCAAAAAGCAAACGAUUGCUUGGCCUUCCCCAGUCCACAUCCUUAGACUCAAGUCACCUUGUCAUACAGCAGAACCCAAGCUCCAGUCACCGUGGACACCGCCUCAUCCCAAAGAUGGCCGGGACAGGGCACUUGGCUUUGCUUGAUCCAGGAGCCACUGAGCUUGGUACUCGUUCAGAGGUGAUUUGGGCUAAGAAAUGCCCAGCAGUCUUUGAAGAACUGUGUUUCUCUUAGGCAGUUUUGCCUGCUACUCAGCUGAAGUCUGUUCCUAUCUGAAUCCUGUUUUAAAGAAGUAACACAUUUUCAAUCAAUCCUGGAUCAACUGGAGAACUGGAGUCUUGAAGGACUGUUUUUUUAAUGGAUGGGGGAAAACCCAACAAAAUAAACUGCAUUUCCAACACUUUGGAGCCAAAGUUUAUUUCCUCGUUUUUCCCAUUCCCAGAAGAGCACAAUUUUUUGAUAUUUCAACUUCCUGACAAAUAACCCCAAAAAUGUUCAGUCUUGAGAUCUGUGUUCUCUUGGAUCAAACUGAAUCAUUCUGUGUAUGUCAUCAGAGGAGUCCAUUUGUUAGCUUAGCAUGAGGAAAAUUACAACACUGUGUUCAAACUAAUUACGUCUGACCACGGUUUUGGUUUUUAUUAUUCGGCACUCCGAGGCAGCAGGGGCUGAAUUCGGGUUGGUUCCAAGGGGACUGAGAUUCAGAGCUCUUACAAUAAUGGGCAUCAGGGGAUUAAAUCACUUUGUGUUAUUUGAUAAUCCACCUCUUCUAGCCGAUUUUAAGCACAUUGGUCUAACGGAUGAAUUCAAGGUACUAAUCUCAAGUCAGCCCAAGGAACUCCGUCUGUCUUUAAGCAUCAGCAAGUAACAACAAGGCC